GGGUGAUGCUGUUGAUCCUGCUGCCGGGGGCUGGAUCCCCUUCACGGGGGGGGCAUCUGCAGGAGCCAGGGAAGGGCUGGAUCUCCUUGCAGGGCGGGCGGGAUCCGCUGGCCGCGGCCGGAUCCCGUGCGUGGGGCUUGGUCCCCUUGCAGGAUGGGCUGGAUCCCCUUGCCGGGGCCGGAUCCCUUGCGGCAGGAGCUGGAUCCCCGUGCGUGCAGGGGGAGCAUCCGCAGGAGCCAGGGGAGGGCUGGAGCCCCUUGCAGGAGGGACCGGAUUCCCUUGCAGGGGCUGGAUCCUCUCGGGAUUGUGGGGUGCACUUACAGGAGCCGGAGGGGGGGUGGAUCCCCUCGGAAGGGCUGGAUUCCAUUGCAGGGGGAGUCGGAUACCCUUGGAAAGGGGCUGGAUCCCCUUGCAGGGAGCCGGAUCCCCUUGCAGGGCGGGAUCUGGGGCUGUGUAUGGGGUGCACUAGCAGGAACCGGAGGAGGGCUGGAUCCCCUUGCAGGGGGUUGGAUCCUGCUGUGUGUCCGGAUGGACAUGCGGGAGGCAGAGAGGGCUGAUCCCCUCGGAAGGGGCCGAAUUCCAUUGCAGAGGGUGAUCCCGCCGCAGGGGCUGAUCCCGUUGUGUGUAGCGGCUGCAGCCGCAGCAGCCGGAGGGGCUGGAUCCCCUCGCAGAGAUGGGGCGGGGAGCGGGGCUGGAUCCCGACACGGGGAGCUGACCCCCGCUGUGUCAUCCGCGUGGCCCCCCCAAAACUCCAGCGCUGGCGAGGGGAGAGCCUGGGAGGGCUCGUUGGAGAGCAGCCCCCCGAAAUGGGACCUGGCGAGUGGAGACUCCCCGGGGGGACCCAGCAACAGCACGAGCGCCGGGGGGACCGCGGCAGGACCCCAGCUAGAGCCCCCCGGGGGGGGCACGGCCACCACGGAGCCUUCGGCCGUGCCCGAGGGGUGCCCGGGGUGCGCCGGGGAGGGCGAGGCCAGCGCCGUGCCCCCCCGAGCCGUCACCUGGCCCGGGGACGGGGGCACGGUGCCGGUGGCCCUCGGCAGCCCCGAGGAGCCCGGGAGCGGUGACCGACCCACGCCGGCCUCCCCGCCCGGCCCGGGGGGCUUCGGGGGGCUCCCGGCCGCCCUGCCGAGCCCCCCCGGGCCCCAGCUCGCCACCGACUCUGCCGAAUCCGACCUGCUGCUGGCGGCCGGGGGCUCGGCCGCGCCGCGGACCCCCGUGCUGGAGGAGCCCGGCCCCGUGGCCGCCGCCGGGGGGGACUCGGGGGGUCCCCCGGAGCUCUGGGCCGCCGCCUCCAGCCCGGCCCCGGCGCAGGGGGCCCGCGGCUGGACCGACCUGACGUGGCUGCAGGAGCCCGUCACGGCCGCCACGGGCCCGCCCAAGCCCCCGGCCGACCGGACGGGCUCCGAGAUCAUCGACGUCGACUACUACGACCUGUUCGAGGGGGGCGAGGGACUGGGGGGCUUCCCCGGGGGCGGCCGGGGCGCGGCCGGCUCGGCGCGGCGGCGGGAGCCCGAGGGGGCGGCCACGCCCUGGGCCCUGCACGAGCUCUACGAUGACUUCACGCCCUUCGACGACGCCGAUUUCUACCCCACCACCUCCUUCUACGCCGACGGGGACGACGAGGACGAGCUGGAGGACGAGGAGGAAGAGGAGGAGGAAGACGGCGGGCUGGAGGACGAGAACGGCUACCGGCCGCCCGCCUCGGCCGUGCCCGGCGCCGCGCCGGCCCCGCAGGAGCCCCGGCCCACCGGGCACCGCGCCGCGGCCCCGCCGCCGCCGCCCGGGCUGUCCGGGGGCAGCCCCACGGCCUGGCCGCGGCCGGGGGAGCGGGGCCCGCCCGAGAACGGCUCCGAGUGCCGGAGCGGGUACGUGCGGCACAACAGCUCCUGCCGCUCCCUCUGCGACCUCGUCCCCAGCUACUGCCACAACGGCGGCCAGUGCUACCUGGUGGAGAGUCACGGGGCCUUCUGCCGGUGCAACACGCAGGACUACACGUGGCACAAGGGCACGCGCUGCGAGUCCAUCGUCACCGACUUCCAGGUGAUGUGCGUGGCCGUGGGCUCGGCCGCGCUCGUGGUGCUGCUGCUCUUCAUGCUCACCGUGUUCUUCGCCAAGAAGCUCUACCUGCUCAAGACGGAGAACAGCAAACUGCGCAAGACCAAAUACCGCACCCCGUCCGAGCUGCACAACGACAACUUCUCCCUCUCCACCAUCGCCGAGGGCUCCCACCCAAACGACGAUCCCAGCGCUCCCCACAAGCUGCAGGACUCGCUGAAAUCCUGCUUGAAGGACGAGGAGCCGUUCAACAUCCACAACUCGACGUCGCCCAAGCACGACGGCGGCAAAGGGGAGCAGGACGUGGGGGAGCUCAACUGCCUCCAGAACAACCUGACGUGAGCGGCGGGGCCGGGACGGCCAAGGGGCCGGAGCCAGGCUCAGGCUCCCCCCAUCCCGCAGCCUCUGCUCCCGCCCCGCGUCCCUCCCGCUCCGUGGCAUGCUUUGGUGUGUUUUGUAUCGAGGAAAACAAAAAUUCCAGUGAUAAUUCGGCCGUGUCGUGGGGGUGUUUGGUUCGUGCUCCGUGUUUCUCGCUUGGGUUCGUUCCGCGCUGUGAUUUCUAAACCUUUGCCGUUCCGCAACUGACUUUUUUUGUACUUUUGCCCCACUUUUUUUGAAAUACAGGUAAAAACAACAAAAAAGGAGAAAAAAAAAGUAAGAUCUUGAAAUAAAUAAACCUUUUUUUUUUA